AUGAGUGUUCAGGCCCAACCCACACUCUGGGACCUGACAGUGCAGAGCCUUCUGAGGAGUGAGGCCUUGGAUAUCUCCAAUAUGGAGUACUUGCCCAAGAAGUUCUUUCCUCCACUGCUCCAGGAGGCCUUCACCGGCUGUCACAGGAAGAGUGUGAGGGUGAUGGUAGCAGCCUGGCCCUUCCCCUGCCUCCGCUUGGGAGACCUGAUGAAGACUCCUCCCAAAAUGGAGACCUUCCAGGCUGUGCUGGAUGGACUGGAUUUGCUGAUUACUCAAAAGGAUCGACCAAGGAGGUGGAACCUGGAGGUGCUAGAUUUACGCACUGUGUGGCCUGGAGCAGGGUAUGAGGACCGCCACCUCCCAUGGGAUGAGCCAAUGGAGGCUCAUGCAGACUGUGGAGUGAAGCGGCCUUUGAAAGUGUUGUUUGACUACUCCCUCCAGUAUGAGGAGGAUAUCAAUGAAAGACAAGAAUGCUUCAUCCAGUGGGCCCAGCAGAGAAAGUCUUGGCUGCAUCUGUGCUGUAAGAAGGUCCAGAUUUCUUACGCAACUGACUAUAAUUUCUGGAGUCUCCUGAAAUUAUUUGACCCAGUUUGCGUACAGGAAGUGAAAGUGAUUGCAAACUUGGACCUGAAAACCCUGGAGACCUUUGCCCCUGUCCUGGGCCAGAUGAGAAACCUUCACAAACUCUUUGUCAAAGGAACUUGUAAGUCAUGGAGGGAUGAGUUUGAAGAUACGUACAGAGAUCUGGAGAAGACAUGGAUCAACGCGUUCAUUUCUCAGUUCCCCAAACUCCACACUCUUCAGCAUCUCUACAUGUGUAAUGUGCAUUUUCUUGAAGGCCGCCUGGACCAACUCCUCAGGUACUUGAAAAAGCCUCUGGAGACCCUCUCACUUACCUGGUGUAAACUUUCAGAGUCAGACUGGCAUUAUCUGUCCGAGUGCCCCAGCAUCUGUCAGCUCAAACACCUGAAUCUGAGUCGUGUCAGACCUAUUUAUUGGCCCAGUCAGCACCUCCAAGUUCUACUAGAAAGACUGGCAACCACUCUGCAGAUCCUAGAACUGGAAGGCUGUGUUUUGAGAACACCCGACCUCAGUGGCCUCCUGCCUGUCCUGAGCCAUUGCUCCCAGCUCACCGAGUUCCGUUUCUAUAUGACUUAUCUCUCUGUGCCUGACCUGAAGAAUCUGAUACAACACACCGCCAGUCUGAGCCAGCUGACACUGGAGCUGUACUCUCUGCCUCGUGAGUGUUAUGGAGAAGAGGGUGAGCUCCUCAUAGAGAGAUGUAACACAGUUCGUACUGAGCUUGAGGACACAGUGAGGAAUGUUCUGCAGCCCAAGACAGGACGCGAUUCAUCCUAUGUCUUCUAUCACAAGGACCUGAAAGUUAUCACUAUCGUUCACUUAAGUAAAUAA